AAGAGAAGGAGGGGGGGGGCGAUGCUGGAGCUCGCGCAGGCGCAGUGAGGGCUGGACUCUGGCUUUCAACCCGGGCAAGGCGGCGGCGGCGAAGUGUUGCAGUUUGUGAAAGAAUCACAGCAGAUCAAGAAGAGCCGGAUUGAGGAGAACAAAAGUCGAAACCAAUUAAUUCUUCUUUUCCGGCACAAGUUUUGAAAGGAAGUCUACCUCCAGAAGUGGCCAAAGAAGAUGUCUUAUGGAUCCAUUGAAGGUGGUGGGUUUGGUAGCAGAAAUGCCUUUGGGGGGCCGUCAAGGCAAGGAUAUCAACCUUUAGCCACCCAGAUUGAUCCAAACGAAAUUCAAGAUAUUUUUCAAAGUACUUCCGCCAGCGUUUUCCGAAUUAAUGCCAACGUGACAUCUCUGGAAAGAAGUCUUAAAUUUCUGGGGACAGAAAAUGACACACCGGAACUGCGCGAUGUCCUCCACACAACUCAACAAGAGACCAACAAAACCAUCAUGACGUGCACAAGUGCCAUCCGACAGCUGUCCGAGGGUAUCAGAAGCUCUUCCAGGCAAGAACGACUCCACCUCGACCGGCUGAAAAACCAACUUUCCGAUGCCAUUCAACGAUAUGGAGCAAUACAGAAGAAAAUUGCAGAGAAGUCUAAGGCUCUGUUUCCAGUUGCUCAGAGGAGUAAAAAGCAGCAAAGCCCCAAGACACCUUUCUCUGACCUGGCAGAUGAUGAGAAGAUCUUUGGCGGUGGAGACGGCUCACAGGUAGAGCAGAGCCAGGAAAAUGCCCUCCUCUCCGAGAUCACGGAAGAGGACCUAGAAGUCAUCCGUCAACGGGAAGAAGCUCUUCAGCAGAUUGAGAGUGAUAUGUUGGAUGUCAACCAGAUCAUUAAAGAUUUGGCCUCGAUGGUGUUUGAACAGGGAGAGACAAUAGACAGCAUUGAAGCCAACAUUGAGACGGCCUCCGUGAACGUCGACUCCGCCAACGAACAAUUGGCCAAGGCCAGUCAGCAUCAACGGCGAGCGAGGAGAGUGAAAUGUUGCGUGAUCUCCGCCGGGCUGGUCGUUCUUCUGAUCUUCAUCAUCAUCCUCUCCGUUUCCAUCAAGAAAUAAACCCAGCUGGUUUUCCCAGAUGCUUCCCAGAGAGGUGAGGAACAGGGGCCGGAAGAUGGAAGAAAGGAAGACAUUUCAGACUCGGGAGCAGGUUUUGGAGCUGAAGUGUGGGACAAUAUUCUUUUGGCACACACAACACACCUUUUUUUGGGGGGGACCUAUAUGGUUAUCUCUGCAAGAACACAUCCUAAUAAACACUCAAGAGCUUAAGAGAGAAAAUAAAAUAAUAUUCAGCAAAGAAAA